UCCAGCCCAAGAUCUUUUCCUCUGACUUUUGAAGAAACCCUAAAUCCCACAAAUUCAAUCUUCGAUCUCUCUCGUCCCUUCAGAGCUGAGUCUGUGGCCCACCCUUCCUCCGGUUGCUUAUCCAAGUUCGCAACUGCCUUCUUCAAUUUCUCAGAUCUCUCCCGGCGGUUCGAGAUUUCUCUCUCACUGACAUCUUCCGGCGGCAUCUCUCACGAGUUUCAUCCCCGAUCCUAGCGGCCGGUAGCGGCUCUCUCGAGAACACCCAUCGCCAGCGGCAUAUUUCUCUCUUGAACACCUAUACCGCCGGGCAUCCUUCAGAUCAUUUUCUUUUCCCCGCAGUAUUCUCAUUUAUUGCAAUGGCUGACGGUCAUGAAACUGAUAAGAAUAUUGAAAUAUGGAAAAUUAAGAAGUUGAUUAAAGCACUUGAAGCUGCUAGAGGAAAUGGGACUAGUAUGAUAUCUCUCAUCAUGCCUCCGCGUGAUCAAAUAUCUCGUGUUACUAAGAUGCUUGGUGAUGAAUUUGGAACUGCUUCAAACAUUAAGAGCAGGGUGAAUCGCCAAUCUGUUUUGGGUGCUAUCACAUCUGCUCAGCAGAGACUCAAGCUGUAUAGCAAAGUUCCUCCGAAUGGGCUUGUGCUUUACACUGGAACUAUCGUGACUGAAGAUGGAAAAGAAAAGAAAGUCACUAUUGAUUUUGAACCUUUCAGACCUAUAAAUGCAUCUCUGUAUCUCUGUGACAAUAAGUUCCAUACGGAAGCCCUGAAUGAACUUUUAGAAUCUGAUGACAAGUUUGGUUUCAUUGUCAUGGAUGGUAAUGGAACACUCUUUGGUACAUUGAGUGGUAACACACGUGAGGUUCUUCACAAAUUUAGUGUUGACCUUCCUAAGAAACAUGGAAGAGGAGGUCAAUCAGCACUUAGGUUUGCCCGUCUUCGGAUGGAGAAGCGGCACAACUAUGUCAGGAAAACAGCAGAGCUUGCAACCCAGUUCUUUAUUAAUCCUGCCACUAGUCAACCUAAUGUUGCAGGAUUGAUACUGGCUGGAUCAGCCGACUUCAAAACAGAGCUCAGUCAAUCAGACAUGUUUGAUCCUCGUCUUCAAACAAAAAUACUUAAUGUAGUUGAUGUGUCUUAUGGAGGAGAAAAUGGAUUUAAUCAGGCCAUUGAACUGUCCUCCGAGAUCUUGUCUAAUGUAAAAUUUAUACAGGAGAAGCGCUUGAUUGGAAAAUACUUUGAAGAGAUUAGCCAGGACACGGGGAAAUAUGUUUUUGGUGUUGAUGACACACUGAAAGCUCUGGAGAUGGGCGCUGUUGAGAUACUCAUUGUUUGGGAAAAUUUGGAUAUCAACAGGUAUGUUUUAAAGAAUGCUUCCACUGGUGAGAUAGUUAUAAAGCACUUGAAUAAGGAACAGGAGACCAAUCAGAGCAACUUCCGUGACUCCGUCACCUCUGCUGAGUUGGAGGUUCAAGAAAAGGUGGCCUUGCUGGAAUGGUUUGCAAACGAGUACAAACAGUUUGGUUGCACACUUGAGUUCGUCACCAACAAAUCACAGGAAGGAUCACAGUUUUGCAGGGGGUUUGGUGGUAUUGGAGGAAUUCUUCGUUACCAGCUUGACAUGAGAUCGUUUGAUGAGCUAUCUGAUGGGGAAGAGUACGGUGAUUCUGAAUAGCAAUCAAUCAAUCACUCCCCGUUGCUGGUGCAGAAGGGGAAUGAAGAGCUUGCACCAACGCCCAGGGUUCGCGGAGGUUAGUCUUGGUUUGAACAGGAAAAUUUGUGAAGGCUUCAUUAAGGGGUUUUGUCCUUUUGAUCUGGAUUUGGCGCCAAUUAUCUGAUAUAUCGUAAAGGCUGGGUGCUCCAAUUUUUAGCCCUAGUGCUGCCUCUGUUCUGGUGGAAUGGUUGCUGUCUACAGCAGAUACUCGGUUACAAAAAUAUUUGAAGUACUGCAAUAAUAUUCAAUGCCGUAUGUUCUUAACUUUUUGAAUGUGUCAUGUCUGACUGCUUAUCUUUGCUGAUAAACCAUGUCGGUUGGAUCUGAAUGCAUAUGUAUGUUACUGUAUUUGAAGGUUGUUUGUUCGGUAUGAUUUUGUUUCUCAGUGAUGCAUCUAAAACAACAUUUUUGGAA